AGUUGAGCCGGCAACUCCUCAGUUGGAUUUUAGAACAUCGAACGGGCGGGCGUGUGUAGGAUGGAUCGCUAACGACACCAGUAGUUUUUUUUCAUUCCGCCUUCUAGCAGUGUUUGUUUAUUACCUUCAGGCACACUUUCCGUAAAUCCUUCUCGACGGUGGUGCUUAUAAUUUCUUUAGUUUUAGCGUUUUAGGUUUUUAUCUUGUCUUAAAGCGCCGUUCCGAUUUCACGUCGAGAAGGCAGCCGCACAAGUUUGAAAGCGGCUUUUUGAGAGUAGUAACACCUACUCGUAAUUUUGUUAUCAUUUAACAACACGUCAGGCAACAAAUCAAAAUGGUGAAGAAGAUAUCAGAAGAAAGUGUAGACAGCGGCGUCGGCCGCGGCAGUAGUCAGUCAGGGAGUGAGCGAGAAACAGACGAGAUUCCACGCGGGCCGGAGGCGUCCGCGCCGGUGCCCAUCCCCGACAGCGAGGACCUGCAGCGGCGCAAGGAAGAGGCGCGUAGGAAACGUCGCAGGAAGAAGCGCUCCGGCAGCUCGGUGGUCACGUCAUGUUUCCAAGACCUUUACAAGCUCACGGGCGAGGUUCUGGGCGAAGGGGCAUACGCCUCGGUUCAGACGUGUGUCAACAUAUACACGGGGCAGGAGUUUGCUGUGAAGAUCAUCGACAAAGUACCGGGGCACGCCCGCGCCCGGGUCUUCCGCGAAGUGGAAACCUUCCACUAUUGCCAAGGACACCCAAACAUAAUCCAGCUCAUUGAAUUCUUUGAGGACACGGACAAGUUUUAUCUUGUCUUCGAGAAGAUCAACGGCGGUCAACUCCUGUCGCGAAUACAGGAGCAUCAUUACUUCUCAGAGCCGCAAGCGGCGGAGAUUGUACGCGAGAUAGCGAACGCAUUACACUUCCUCCACGGCAAAGGCGUGGCUCACCGCGACCUGAAGCCCGAGAACAUUCUAUGCGUUAAUCGCGACAGUCUCUGCCCAGUCAAAAUUUGUGACUUUGAUCUUGGGAGUGGGAUCAGUUUUACUUCGAGUCUCGCGAGCCCACUGGCGACUCCUCAACUUAUGACGCCGGUGGGCAGUGCGGAAUUCAUGGCGCCGGAAGUGGUUUCUCUUUUCGCGGGUUCGGCUGCGACGCAUUACGACAAGCGCUGCGACCUGUGGUCGCUGGGCGUGAUCGCGUACAUCCUGCUGUGCGGCUACCCGCCCUUCCGCGCCGACUGCGGCUCCGACUGCGGCUGGGAGCGCGGCGACAACUGCCGCGCUUGCCAGGACCUGCUCUUCACUUCCAUUCAGGAAGGGCGAUACUCAUUCCCGGAGGAGGAGUGGUCGCACAUAUCGCGCGAGGCGAAGGACCUGAUCGCGCAGCUGCUGGUGCGCGAGGCGUCGCACCGGCUGAGCGCGGAGCGGGUGCUGCAGCACGCGUGGCUGCGGCGCGCCGACCCCGCCGCGCUCUACCCGCCGCUGCACACGCCGCAUAACAUCAAACGCAAUAUGUCGGCCCGCAACCUGUCCAACUUCGCGGAGUCGGCGAUGGCCGUGAACCGAGUGAUCCAGCAGCACUUCUCCAUGAACUACUCGUACAUGGAGCGGCCGCCGACGGCGCUGCGCAGCAGCAAGUCGUGCCAGCCGAGCCCCGACGGCAUCCUGGAGGACGAGCUGGAGCGCGCGGGCGUGGCGCUGCAGGCCAUGGCGGUGUGCGAGCGCCGCUGCGGCGACGACUUCUGCCCGCCCUUCGGCCUGUCGCCGCCCACCGAGUCGCAGCUGCUGCGCCGGCGCCUGCAGCACACCGACGAGCCUCUCCCCGUGCACUAGCCGCCCCCCGACCUCCGAAACCGUUUAGAACUUAUCGAUUGUAACAUUUCAAACGAACACUCAUGAGUCGCGCUAGUGAUCACGAUUGCGAGGGAGAGAAUUCGGACAUUUUGCGAUAGUGUG